AUGGCUUUCCUCUUCAAGUCCAAGAAGCACCAGGACAGGGGCCUCUCAAGCCGCGAUGGCCCUCCCCCGAGCGGCAGCCCUCAGACGCCCGUCGGCGGCGCCAGUGCGAGGAUAGCAAGAGAUGAAAAGGGCGCAGGAGCGAGGUCAACCCCUACAGGCAGCGUGAACUCGCUCGAUAAUGAUGGCAGCGGUGCCAGCCCCGACCAGCCCUACGCUCGUCGGGCGCCGAGUCUGGAACAGGGCCCCGGACAGCCGCAACCACCAAGCAGCGAUCUCCAAUUUCGCAAUGGCACCCCAACCAACAACCCAAACUCAGCACUCUAUCCCUGGUCGCAAAGAAGACUCACCUACACCUCGUCGCAUCCGAGUCCCUUUCCCCGCUAUGGCGCCGCCGUCAACUCGACCUCCUCCAAGGAAGGUGACAUCUAUGUCAUGGGAGGCUUGAUCAACAGCCAAACGGUCAAGGGCGAUCUUUGGAUGAUUGAGGCGGGCGGCAACAUGGCUUGCUAUCCGCUCUCCACCACUGCCGAAGGUCCUGGCCCUCGUGUCGGCCAUGCGAGUCUCUUAGUCGGCAACGCUUUCAUCGUCUACGGUGGCGACACCAAGAUUGAUGAGACUGACGUUCUCGACGAGACCCUUUAUCUCCUGAAUACCUCUACGCGGCAAUGGUCCAGGGCGCUCCCCGCCGGCGCGCGACCGUCGGGCCGUUAUGGACACUCGCUCAACAUCCUCGGAUCCAAGAUCUACAUCUUCGGCGGGCAGGUUGAAGGUUACUUUAUGAAUGACCUGUCUGCGUUCGACCUGAAUCAGCUGCAGAUGCCCAACAAUCGGUGGGAGAUGCUCAUCCAGAACAGUGACAGUGGCGGCCCUCCACCCGGCAAAGUCCCACCAGCCAGGACCAACCACUCCGUGGUAACUUACAACGAUAAGAUGUACUUGUUUGGCGGCACCAACGGAUUCCAGUGGUUCAACGAUGUUUGGUGCUAUGAUCCAGCGGUCAAUGCGUGGUCCCAGCUUGAUUGUAUAGGCUACAUUCCGCUGCCGCGCGAAGGCCACGCCGCAGCCCUGGUGGAUGAUGUGAUGUAUAUUUUCGGUGGGCGAACAGAGGAAGGCGCGGACCUGGGUGACCUGGCAGCAUUCCGAAUCAGCUCUCGACGAUGGUAUACUUUCCAGAACAUGGGGCCUUCCCCAUCGCCGCGAUCCGGCCACAGUAUGACCACGGUCGGGAAAUCAGUCGUGGUUGUCGGUGGCGAGCCAAGCUCCGCAGCUACAGCCGUCAAUGAUCUCGGCCUUGUUUACCUUUUGGACACGUCCAAAAUCCGAUACCCGAAUGAUUCCCAGGCACAGGCAAACGCCCAGAAGACCAGGCGUCCUAGUCAGGGCGAAGUAGGUCCCCCCUCUCGGCAGGGUACGUCUCGAGAUGGCUCUCAAGGUCCAUCUGAUACAAGAAGGGGCGCUCCUCGUGAUGUAGCGGCCACGGACAGUCCGACGAACGGGUAUCGGAGCCCCAAUGGGGGUGACUACACCGCAUCGCAAGCUCCAGUUGGUGCAGUCCCCAAACCCCCGCGAAAUGCCGCGGCGUCUCCCCCAGCCGGACCUCCACCACAAGGACAGCCUCCCAAACCCACCAUUAUUCCCCCAUCCGCAAAUCGCUCAAGGAACGCUUCCACGGAACGGGGUGACUAUGCAGCUUCGCCUGCCUCGGCUACCCAGAACCAGUCUCCCGUGACUAGGGAAAUGCUGAAGGAGGUCGACGCGCCUACGGUCAAUGGUAGGAGGACUCCGACCCAGCAACAGGUCAAACCGGCUCCCAGAUCAGAGCCUCCCGCAGUAGAGCUACCCAAGCCGAAGCCGUCCCGUCAGCAACGGGCUCAGGGAUCUGUGGACAGCAGCACUGAACCCGCCUUGAAGACUGUUACACCACGACCAGCGUCGCCGCCGCCGCCUACGAGGCAGACGAGUAAUCCUCUCAAUCGGCGCUCAUCUGGGCGCAAUUCGCAGACAGUUGCACUCCUCAAGGAGUUGGAUUCCGCCAGGAAUCGCAAUGCCUGGUAUGCUUCAGAGCUCGAGCUCGCACGCAAGGGGGGAUAUAUCCCCAAUGCGUCGUUCAGCCCUGUCCUUGAUAGCCAUGCGACAGAGACUUUUGACGAUGACGACAAACCCCUGAUCGAGGCUCUCCUUGCUAUGCGCACUGAACUGGCCAAUGUUCAGAGCUCAGUCGAUAAGCAGGCCGUUCUGGCUGCAAAGCAGAUCGCCGAGGCUGAAAAGCAGCGAGAUGCCGCCAUCCAGGAGGCCGUGUAUGCCAAAGCCAAGCUCGCAGCGCACGGUGGCAGUGCUGCGAAUACUCCUCAGCCAGACGACCGUGAUGAUGAUGACCGCUUCAACGACAUCAGCCGCAAACUGGCAUACUCUCUCAACACCCAGAAAGACUUGCACAGCCAGCUUGAACGCGUGGCAACGGAGCUUGAUGCAGAGAAGAAGGCGCGGAAGCUUGCCGACGACACAGCAAGCGCGGCCGAGAAGCGGAGUAUUGAGCUCGAGAACUACAAGCAACAAACUUCAUCCGAGGUCGAGCGUCUCAAGGCGGAGCUCCACCUGAUUCAGCGCGAGGCUCGAGAACAAGCCGUUACUGCUGCCGAAGCUGUCGCAGCUUCACAACUUCUGCAAGUAGCGAAGAAUGAGCUGCAAAUCAAGUAUGAUGAAGCGGUUGGCAGUUCCAAGGAGCACAGUGAGACGUUCGACUCGCUCCGUGAAGCUCUCACCGCGUCCACCGACAUGAAGAGCCUUCUCGAGCGGAAGCUGGACGAAGAACGACAGAGGCGCGAGGCUGCCGAGGCUGAGCUCAGCAAAUUGAAGACUGAGCACGAGGCACGCAAUGCGGAGAUCGUAUCUAUCAACCAACGCCUCAAAGAUGCACAGGAACUGGCCGAGCAGCAUGCGAACGAAGCACGCACGCACAAGCAGGCCGUCUUGGCCGGUCUGGAGAAGAUGACGACCAGAGAUGUAUCCGCAGCCAGUAAGGGUGACAAUGACCGCAUUAUCGCUCUUCAAGGCCAGCUUUCUGCAGCCAAUGCCUUGGUGAAGCGUUACCAGCAGGAGGCAGAUGCUGCCUCGGACAGGUUGCGGAGUGCCGAGGAGCGCAUUGCUGGCCUGGAGGCUUACCAAGAGCAAACCAGCCGCGACGGCGUCACCAUCCGGCGCCAACUCCAGGCUGCUAUGCGGGAGACCCAGUCCCUGCAAGCCCACAACUCGGACCUGAAGAACCAGCUUGCGAACCAGCAACUCGAGACGAAUGCCAUGGCAGUUCAGCACAGUACUCUGAAGAGCAUCCUGAGCGAGCGUGGCAUCAGCCCGACCUCGGCCGCGAGAGCACGUGGCAGCCCUCGGGAAAUGUCGCCUGGAGGAGCAUCCCGCGUGCGUGACCUAGAACAGCAAUUGACGGCGUCGAUUGCUGCCCACGAGGAGACGAAGCAGCUACUCGCAGCGCAAGCUCAAGAGUCGGAGGGCGCGUACAGGGACAAACUGGCGCAGCUCGAGAACGACUACCAAUCUGCGGUGCACUACGUGAAGGGCACCGAGAAGAUGCUCAAGCAGCUCAAGGAGCAACUCGCUCGCUACAAGGCGGACAACACUCGGCUCAAGGCCGAGGUCGAGGAGCUUGAGGAGAAGACCUCUGCGGGCGCUCCUCGUGAGAUCCCAGCCGAGUGGGAAGGCGAGCGGAAGAGCCUGAUGACCAAGGUUGAAAGCCUGCAGAGCGAUGUCAAGACGACCAAGUCUCAACUGGAGAGCCAGAUCCAGGCUGUGCGCAAGGAGCUUGACGAGGCCAGGCGUGAGCGCGACAUGGUCAAGAAGUCGCAGGAAGAGAACACGACGCUCCUCAAGUCCAGCCGCAAGGAUCUGGAGCAGCUCAGGCAGGAGAACGCCCUGCUGGAGCAGCGGGCUCAGGAUGCUGAGCAAAAGGUGUCGCUUCUCCUAGACCAGGUUGAGCACUCGGUCGACACGUAUCGGCGACGCAGCCGGAACGUGGUCAGCAUGACGUCUGACCAGCUAGAGAAGGCCGGGGCUCUACCCCCAGCAGCCACGCCCUCGACCAACGGCCAGGGGCACCACCGGCAGGAGAGCUCCGAGGCGGGCAGUCUAUAUGGGGGCAUGAGCGAGGCGCGCAAUAGCACCGCGCUCGACAACCUGGCCAACGAGCUGGAGACGCUGCGCAGCCACUGGGAGGCGACCAACAAGAACUACCGCCUCAGCAACACCUUUGAUUUUGAUAACAACGUCAACGCCGGCCCGGGCAAGAAGGGCGGCGACGAGAAUGAUCCCUCCAGCGGCCUGGGGCUCAGCGAGAGCCUGGCUGACUGGAGGAAGCGACUUGAUGAUUAG